CAGGCAAAAGGGUCCCACCCAUAUCAUUGGACUCUCACAGCCGAUUAGAUGUUGACUUCUUAACUAGUCAUACAAAUCAAGGGUCAAAAUCAUCUGAUCAGACCGUUGUGUUACCCCACCAUGAUGAACCCAAAGAGACAACUUGGAAAAAAACAAAGGUUGAAGGCUCCUCCUGGUUUCCCAUCUCAAUGGUGAUUAUUGUGAUCUAAUCUGAUCUGUAACUAGCAAUUUAAAGUCUUAUUUGAUUUUCAAACAAACAGAAUCCCUUUUGUUUUCCCUCACUCUCACACCUCACAAAGAUCUCACCUUUUUCUGGCCUUCUCUUCAACAGUUCACAUGUCCUCUCCCCAACAAAUGCAAUCAUCUCCAGACCUCACUGCCUUGCCUUAGCUCUCUCUCUCUCUCUCUCUCUCUCUCUCUCUGUGUAAAGGUUCCUGUUUACUCUCUCUAUAAAGCCAGAAUCUUUUUUCUAAAAACCUCCAUUUCCUUCAAAACCCAUUUUGCAUUUCCUUAAAAAAAUUCCAUUAUCAAUGGGUUCACAAGCACCCAAAUCAAGUAAACCAACAAAACCCCAAAACCAAAACCAACCCACAUCAAGAUCCUCUUCCUUGUCAACCCAUUUAGCCAUGGUUGAACUCAAGCAAAGAAUCAUAACUUGUCUCUCUAAACUUGCAGACCGUGACACUCACCAGAUCGCCCUUGAAGAACUUCACACAAUAACACAAACAAUCUCUCCUGACGCGUUGCCAAUGUUGCUAAACUCUCACUAUGACUCCCUUUCUGAAACCUCCAAUUCAAAACCCUCGGUUAAGAAAGAAUCUUUACAUCUUCUUUCACUUGCUUGCCAAUCUCAUAGAGAUUUGACAUUGCCCCAUUUGGCAAAAAUCAUUUCUUGCAUUGUUAAAAGGCUUAAAGAUUCAGAUUCUAGUGUUAGAGAUGCUUGUAGGGAAGCUAUUGGGGUUUUAUCAGGGUUGUAUUUGAAGGGUAAUGGCGGUGGUGGAGAAGGAGGUGGUGGUGGGGAUGGUAAUGGUGCGGGGCCUAUGGUGGGGUUGUUUGUGAGACCUUUGUUUGAAGCAAUGGGAGAGCAAAAUAAAGUUGUGCAAUCUGGAGCUGCUAUAUGUAUGGCGAAAAUGGUGGAGUGUGCUGCUGCAGAAGGGGAUGAUAGUGGUGGUAAUGUGCCCAUUGGGGCAUUUCAUAAGCUGUGUCCAAGGAUUUGUAAGUUGCUGAAUGGACAGAGUUUCCAGGCGAAAGCGGCUUUGUUGGGGGUAGUAACGAGUUUGUCUCAGGUGGGAGCAAUUGCACCACAAGGUUUGGAAUCAUUGUUACAAAACAUUCAUGACUGCCUUGGGAGCACAGAUUGGGCUACACGUAAAGCUGCAGCUGAUGCUUUAAGUGCUAUAGCAUUGCAUUCAAGCCGCUUGAUUGCAGAUGGAGCUGCAAAUUCCACACUGACAGUGCUUGAAGCUUGUCGUUUUGACAAGAUAAAACCCGUCAGAGAUAGUAUGACAGACGCAUUGCAAUUAUGGAAGAAAAUUGCUGGUAAAGGAGAAGGUGUUCCUGAUGACCAGAAAAGUUCCUCUUUGGAUGGAGAGCGUCAUGAACAAGCUGAGUUGUCAGAUAAAAAUCUAAAUCCUAAUGACCAAAGAAAGGAGUCAUCGGCAAGGGAUGCAUCCAAUGGUACUUCCCCAACCAAAGAUUCAGCAUCAAAAAGCAAAUACGGAAGCAUUCAUGACAAAGCAGUUGUAAUAUUGAAGAAGAAAACUCCUGCUUUAACAGAUAAAGAGUUAAACCUAGAAUUCUUCCAGAAACUUGAAAAAAGGGGUUCUGGUGAUUUGCCAGUAGAAGUAGUUGUUCCUCGUAGAUGUCUCGAUUCUUCCAAUUUGAACAACGAGGAAGAAUCAGAACCAAAUGAUUCAGAAUCAAGGGGGAGGCCAAACCGCAUGGGAAACAGCCUAUCAGAUGAUAUUCAUGGAGCUUUCAACAACAAAUUCCGCAAUAUAGAAAGAGGAAUUACUGGAAAAGAUUUAAGAACCAGAACAUUUGAUGAUGAGAGGAUUGACAUAAACCAUAGGGAGUCUUCUGGCAGUCGUGCAGGUUUCUCCAAAUCUGAUGGUCAAUCUGAGGGAUCCUUCAUAAAUAAUAAAGGAAAUUGGUUUGCCAUCCAGAGACAGUUAUUACAGCUGGAGAGACAACAGGCUCAUCUCAUGAACAUGCUUCAGGAUUUUAUGGGGGGGUCUCACAACAGCAUGGUAACAUUGGAAAACAGAGUUAGGGGUCUUGAGAGAGUUGUUGAAGACCUGGCACAUGAUUUGACAAUAUCAUCAGGCCGCAGAGGCAAUAACUUUGCUAUGGGUUUUGAGGGAUCUUCUAAUAGACCUUUAGGGAAGUAUAAUGGCUUCUCUGACUACUCUAGUUCAAAGUACAAUGGGUGGGUUCCCCAUGGGGAAAGAUUUUCCCAAUCGGAUGUUACAGCUUCAGGCAUGAGGGGAAGGGGCUCUCAUUGGAGAUCAGACACAUCUGAUGCUUGGGAAUUCCCCACAUAUGGAGCUUCCAGGAAUGGACAGGCUGUCUCAAGGAGAGCUCCAGGCAGUGGUUCUUUGAAUGUUAGAUCACCUAAAUCUGAACAUGAAGGUGAUCAGUUAGGCAACAGGAGAGCUUGGGAGAAAGGGGCAGGACCUGUUAGGCAUGGUGAGGGACCUUCUGCUAGAAGUGUCUGGCAAGCCUCAAAGGAUGAAGCUACCUUAGAAGCCAUUCGGGUGGCUGGGGAGGACAGUGGGUUAGCUCGAACAGCAAGAGUGACCAUCCCUGAGAUGACCGCAGAAGCUAUGGGAGAUGAUAAUGCUGGGCAAGAAAGGGACCCUAUCUGGACAUCUUGGAGUAAUGCAAUGGAUGCCCUUAAAAUGGGUGACAUGGAUACAGCUUAUGCUGAAGUUGUAUCCACAGGGGAUGAUCUCUUGCUUGUGAAGCUUAUGGACAGAUCAGGUCCUGUGGUUGACCAACUUUCCAAUGAGACUGCAUGCGAAGUCUUGAAUGCUAUUGGACAGUUUCUAAUGGAGCAGAACUUGCUUGACAUAUGUUUGUCUUGGAUUCAGCAGUUGGCAGAAAUAGUGUUAGAAAAUGGAUCCCAUGUUUUUGGCAUUCCCAUGGAACUGAAGAAAGAUAUUUUGCUGAAUUUGCAUGAAGCUUCUACCUCCAUGGAGCCCCCAGAGGACUGGGAAGGUGCAGCACCCGACCAACUUUUGUUGCAACUGGCAUCUGCCUGGGGAAUUGAAAUACAACAGUUUGAGAAGUAAUCAAUAGUUGAAGCGCCUAUUUUACGCUCGGAUUCUGUAUUUUAUAAACAGAUUGAUUGUGGCAUGUGGUUAUACGUCCUGAAUUGUGGAAAUUAAAUGUAAAUUGAAAGACACGGUUUUUCAAACAAAUAUAUGAUCACAUGGAUUUACUUGAGUUUCA